GCUCAGGGUCCUUCAGUGUUUCAUUACGUUAGCUCUGUGCUCAAGUACGAACUCAAACUGACUUUCAGAAGCGACGAUGUUCAGCAUGAUCCGCGGGCCUCGCGCUGCCUUUGGCACUUUAAUAGGGCAGUGGCGGAGAGGUAUGAUGACCACAGGGAACAGAAGACUGUGUAUCAAGCCUCAGGAAGGGCCGUCUGCAUCCCCUCAGACACAACGGCCUGGUUUCAAACUACCAGGUUACCGCCCCUCAGAUUGGGAUAAAAAGAUGUUGAUGUGGUCGGGACGAUUCAAAACUGUAGAGCAGAUUCCAGAGUUUGUGUCAUUCGAGAUGAUUGAUGCUGCCAGGAACAGAGUGCGUGUGAAGGCCUGCUAUAUCAUGAUGGGACUGACCAUCUUUGCGUGCUUAGUCAUGAUUAUCUCUGGCAAAAAGGCUGUUAGUCGGAAUGAAAGUCUGAUCACUCUUAACAUGGAGAAGAAGGCCAAAUGGAGAGAGGACGCCCAGAAAGAUAAAGCGGAAGAAAAUGCGCUUGCCGCUAAAGCCCAGUGAGGUCCAACUGAGCUCCCAAAACCCAUCAUUCACAAAGCAACCAUUUCUUCUAAAUAAUGUCAAAGGCCACACUGCAGGAACUCUGGUGGAGGUGCUACAGAUGUUCCUCCACACAGUCAACAGAUUUUAUAAAGUAGUGUAUUAAAUUAAAAUGCGAGAUUUCCUUUGUGUGAUUUUUGUAAAUAUAUAAUUAGAAUAAAUAGGCUUCCAGUUAAACGUAAAACAA